AUGGCAAUUGCAGAAAAGAAGCUCAAUCUCCUCAGCCUUGACGGUGGAGGCAUUCGUGGCCUCUCGUCCCUCUACAUCCUGAAACAUGUCAUGGAAUCGAUCAAUCCUGAAUGCCCCCCGAAGCCGUGCGAAUACUUCGACAUGAUUGCCGGAACAAGUACCGGAGGCCUAAUUGCCAUCAUGCUCGGCCGCCUAAAAAUGGACGUCAACGAAUGCAUCGACGCAUACAACACCCUCGCAACCCAAGCCUUCACCCGAAAAGCCUACCUGCCCAUUACCAUAGCCGGUCAAGUCAAAGAGCGAUUCGACAGCAAGCAACUAGAAGCCGCCCUCAAAAAAGCCAUAGCAGACAGACUCCAUGACCAAGACGCACUCUUGAAAGACCCCGACACCUCAUGCAGAGUUGUUCUCUGUGCCACCCGAGGAGGAACGAGCACAACAGCUACCUUGCGGAGUUAUCGCAAUGAGCGGGAGUGCUCUGAGUUGUAUAACACUGUGAAGAUCUGGGAAGCUGGUCGUGCUACGUCUGCGGCGUCUUCGUUUUUCGAUCCGAUAACGAUUGGUCCGAAUGGACAGCAGUUCUUUGAUGGUGCGACGGGGGCUAAUAAUCCAAUUCGGCAUUUAUGGAUGGAAGCUAAAGAUAUCUGGUCUGAUGCGCCUUUGGAAGAUCAGAUUGGUAGUAUAGUGUCUAUUGGAACCGGUGUUCCUCAGAUGACGAGAUACGAAACGAAGGGAAUAGCUGGUCUCAAGACGCUGAAAGCUUGUGUCACGGAGACGGGAUAUACAGAAGAGGAGUUUGCACUCGAGCACUCGGAUCUCGUUGCGAAUAAUCAGUACUUUCGUUUCAACGUUCCUGGCGGACUUGCGGAGAUUGGGCUUGAGAAAGUGGCCAAGAUCGAUCUUAUUGUUGGCAUUACGGAGAAACACCUCGCGGAAAAUGUCGUUCGGGAACGAGUGAAGGCUUGCGCGGGUUCACUUAGCAAGAGUAAGGGCCAUUCAAUCUCGAAACGACCUUCAUCAAAAGCUUCCGCUUGGGAAGUUACGGGGUUAGUGCGGGCUCAAGUGCAAAACCACAAAGAGAGCUACGAACUCGAGCACAUCACGCGCAACACCCACGCACAGGAACAAACACAAACAACUGAUGUCCGUCAGCCAUGUUCCCGAAAUAAGAAAUUCUUCGGUCUAUUCGGAAACAAGAAAACCCGGUAG